AUGCCAACUACCAUAUUGCCCUCUUCUGCUGCAGCCUAUACGCCACGAGCGCCGCCCAUAGUGGUGAUGAAAGACAAUGUACCCUGGCUGAAACAGACUCUCAAGCGAGUGAAGCAGGCUAGGCGACCUUUGAACAAUCUCAAACAGCAAACCAGCUACCUCAUUGAGAUACUGACACCAAAGAGCGCAAUCUGGGCAUUGUGCUCGGUCAUGUUGGAGAACACACUUGGGAUGACUCACACCAAGCCACCGUGCUCUGUAAUGUCAGAAAGCCGGCUCUCAAUGAUCCACAUCGAGGCAUAUGUCCUGUAUGUUGACAUGGUCUCACAGAGCGAGGUGGCUUUCAAGUUAACUGGAGAGACAAUCAAUGGCCUCAUAGGAUUCUAUGAAGAAUUUCAAUCACUUGAUGCAGCUACAUACAGGUUGAAGUUGAAGUGGCCACAGAAGCAAGCUCAGCUGGACAAAUUACAUGACGAGUUUUCUGAAGCCAUCAACAAAUUCGUUUACCGGACCGAUGUCAAAGCUCUGGAAGGAUUAGAGAAAGACGGCUCCGGAGAGCUACUAGGUGGUUGCAGCGUCGAUGUUAAAGCAGCAAUUCUCAACCUUUUUGUGCCAUUGACGCCUCCUCCACAUGUGGUACAUUUUUUGUACCCAGUAGUUCCAUGUCCCGAUGGGACUGAGCUUGGUAUACAAAGACCUAUCCACCCGUUUGAGCAAAACCAGUCGUGGAAUACUCAGUCAGACGUUGGCACGUCGAACACCAAAAACCACCCAAACUUGGGCGAUGGUUUGGACAUCAUGUAUGCCGCAAUUUUCCCGGUAGCUUCGGUUGGUAGCCCGCUUUACACUACCGCACCCGUCUUAGGGGGCGAGCCAAUUCCUCAUACGUCAAUGUAUAGCUCACUCGCGGCAGCAGACGCGGAGUUUUUUGGUGGAAGCUCUUCUUUCUUUUUUUAA